ACGUCCAACACCGUCUCAAUGGAUUCGCCAGAGAGCAAAGCGUAUAAGCUUUCAUCAGAAGACAAAGAAUUGAUAACAGCAAUGUACAAAAGAUUGGAUGAAGAAAGAAUGUGGCGUCUGAGUAUGGGGACAAUUGUCGAAAAGCAAAUGGAGAAAGUUGCAGCGAUAUGCAAUCAUGAACAGUAA